UUAUCACACGACGUCCGGGAGUGGUCAAAAUAUCCGCAUUUGCGGCUGGUAAGUGGAACUUGCCCUCUACUUUAGCUUUCCCAUGGUGUAUACCGGAUAACAGCAAAGAAAGACACGAAACACAUUACGAGGAACUUCUGGUGUUGGUGGAGGCAGUUUCCAUUAGUGUAGCAGCAGUGGACAGUGUCCAAAUCCAAAGAUGGCUACUGGAAAGAGUAAGAACCAGAGCUCUCUGGUGCUGCACAAGGUGAUCAUGGUGGGAAGUGGAGGUGUUGGGAAGUCAGCCCUCACUCUGCAGUUCAUGUAUGACGAGUUUGUGGAGGAUUACGAGCCCACCAAGGCAGACAGCUACAGGAAGAAGGUGGUGCUGGAUGGAGAGGAGGUCCAGAUCGACAUCCUGGACACAGCUGGACAGGAGGACUAUGCUGCCAUCAGAGACAACUACUUCAGGAGCGGAGAGGGCUUCCUGCUAGUCUUCUCCAUCACUGAACACGAGUCGUUCACUGCCACCUCAGAGUUCAGGGAGCAGAUUAUGCGGGUGAAAGCAGAGAACGAUACCAUCCCUCUGUUGGUGGUGGGGAACAAGUCGGAUCUGGAGGACCGCAGGCAGGUGUCGUUGGACGAGGUCCGGGCCAAGGCAGAGGAGUGGGGGGUGCAGUACGUGGAGACCUCAGCCAAGACACGAGCCAACGUCGACAAGGUGUUCUUUGAUCUUAUGAGGGAGGUGCGAAAAAAGAAAAUGUCAGAGAGCAAGGAUAAGGGUGGAAAAGAAGGCAAGAUCAAGAAGGCUUUCAAAUGUUGUCUGCUUUGAUCUAGACCAGACCUUUCAGUCAGACACACAGAGCCAAACCAGACUAGAGCCUCCGCAGCACAGUGGCAUUAGACAGGGACAUGUUCAUUAGGACAUACUGUAGCAAAAUGUUUCAAAACCUUUCUUAUUGGACAAUAUAUUACGUCUCCCUUUGGAGCAUUUUCUUCAGUUUCUUGCCUACUGAACACAAACCAGAUCUACAGAUCCUUCCCACUGAACUGAGCCUUCUGCCAUUUUAACACACAUCAAAUCCAUACACAGUACCUCUCACAUUGUGGCAGUCAGGGGGGUGGCCUAACCUAUGUUAGUUAUGCAAACCAUCCUUUGUGCCACUGUUGGGGACGGGUCCAGAGGGGACUGUUUAGAUGAAGUGCCUCAACAUUGAUCGUGAAUAUAUAGGUUAUGAUCACAGACAAUCACUCACUCGCACACUACUUAAAUAUGGCCUUGGUUUGAUGCUCACUUGUAGGAGUAGGUAGCCUCAUCACCAAGAGAAAUUGGCUAUGCUGUUUGAUG